AUGGAUAUUUUUAGAGUAUUAAGUAGAGGAGCUUCAUUGAAUAAGAAGAGAGGUAUUACUACCGAUUAUGCUUUACCUUCAGAACAACAAACUAAAAAACAAAAACAUAAACAGGAAUCAUUAUUACAUCAAGUAGAAAAAGAAACUGAUUUCUUUCGUACAAAGAAGCACAGUGCCAUUCCUACAAAAUCAAGCACCGACCAUCCAGAUGAUGAGACAGAAGAAGAACAAGAAGAAGAACAAGAAGGAGGAUUAAAAGGAUUUGAUAAAUUUGUUACUGAUAAAACAUUACUUUCAAAUUUAACUAAUCUUGGAUUUACAGAACCUACAAAUAUUCAAUUAGAAUCAAUUCCAGUUGCAUUAAAAGGAAAAGAUGUUAUUGUAUCAGCACCUACAGGUAGUGGUAAGACACUUGCAUAUGGUAUUCCUAUGAUUCAAAGAAUUAUUGAUUCAAAAGGUAAAGGAUUAAUUAUUGCCCCAACUAAUGAAUUAGCAAAUCAAAUUUAUAAUACUUUGGGACAAUUAACAGAAUCUAUUAAAAAAGUAGAAGUUCUUCUACUUACUAAAAAAAGUGCUAAAAAUCUUAGUAAACGUACUAAAUUUGAUAUUUUAAUUUCUGCUCCAAAAAGAUUAAUUGAUGUUGUUGAUAAAGAAAAAGUUGAUUUAUCAACUAUUAAUCAAUUAGUAUUAGAUGAAGCUGAUAAAUUAUUUGAAGGAGAUUUUGCAUAUCAAACUGAUGAAAUUACAUCUCAUUUAUCUUCUAAUCCAAGUGUUGCAUUAUAUAGUGCUACUAUUCCAAGUGAAAUUCCAAUUGAUUUACAAGAUCCAAUUAAAAUUAAAGUUGAUGAUUCUUCAAAUGUUGAACAAAGUUUGGUAUUUACUAAUGAAUCAGGUAAAGUCUUAGGUAUUCGUCAAUUAGUACAAACUUCUCAAUUACAUCCUCCAGUAUUAAUUUUCCUUCAAUCAACAAUUAGAGCUAAAGCAUUACAUAGAGAAUUGUUGUAUGAUGGAUUAAAAGUUGAUUUAAUUCAUGGUGGAUUAACUAAUCAAGCAAGACAAGAAGCUAUACAAAGAUUAUUAAAUGGUGAUACAUUUAUACUUAUAACCACUGAUGUUAUUGCUAGAGGUGUGGAUUUCAAAGGUAUUAAUUUGGUGAUAAAUUUCGAUGUUCCUCCAAAUCUUAAAACUUAUAUUCAUAGAAUUGGUAGAACUGGUAGAGCUGGAAGAAAAGGUAAAGCUGUUACAUUUUUCACUAAAGAUGACGAUGUUUCUGCAAUUAAGAAAUACAUAGGUGAAAAGAACUAA